ACAACUAGUUGAGCGUCGAUCUGUGGGCGCUGCGGAGUAAUCGAGCGGCCUCGCCCCCAACGGCCGAGCGUGCUUGGCGGUUCGCAGGCCUGGUCCCACAUGGAGAGCCGCUCUGCGGGACUCGAAGAAACGCUCGGUGACCUCCCGAGCUUGCUUUUCUGCAAAAUGUUGAGAUUUUUGAAACGGCCUCUAGUGGUAACUGUUGACAUCAAUUUGAAUUUGCUGGCUCUGACUGGCCUGGGACUACUUACCCGACUAUGGCAACUCUCCUACCCUCGGGCUGUGGUUUUUGAUGAAGUCUAUUAUGGGCAGUACAUUUCCUUUUACAUGAAGCGCAUCUUUUUUCUGGAUGAUAGUGGACCACCAUUUGGCCACAUGCUUCUGGCCUUAGGAGGUUGGUUAGGAGGAUUUGAUGGUAACUUUCUGUGGAACCGAAUUGGAGCAGAAUACAGUAGCAAUGUGCCUGUAUGGUCCUUGCGCCUGCUGCCAGCUCUUGCCGGGGCCCUGUCAGUCCCCAUGGCCUACCAGAUCUUGCUGGAGCUCCACUCUUCUCACUUCGCUGCCCUGGGAGCUGCCCUGCUGAUACUCAUUGAGAACGCCCUGAUCACUCAGUCCAGGCUCAUGCUGUUGGAGUCCAUACUGAUAUUUUUUAACCUCUUGGCCGUGUUGUCCUAUCUGAAGUUCUUUAACUCCCAGACACACAGCCCUUUCUCAGUGCACUGGUGGCUUUGGCUAAUGCUGACUGGGGUCUCUUGUUCCUGUGCAGUUGGGAUCAAAUACAUGGGAAUUUUCACCUACUUGCUCGUGCUCAGUGUUGCAGCUGUCCAUGCCUGGAACCUAAUCGGAGACCAGACCUUGUCAAAUAUGCGUGUGCUCGGUCACUUGCUCGCCAGAAUUGUGGCUCUGCUGAUCGUCCCAGUCUUCCUGUACUUACUCUUCUUCUAUGUCCACCUGAUGCUGCUCUACCGCUCUGGGCCCCAUGACCAAAUCAUGUCCAGCGCCUUUCAGGCCAGCUUGGAGGGAGGGCUAGCCCGCAUCACCCAAGGCCAGCCCCUGGAGGUAGCCUAUGGUUCCCAGGUCACUCUGAAGAGCGUCUCAGGCAAACCCUUGCCCUGCUGGCUUCAUUCGCACAAGAACACCUAUCCCAUGAUAUAUGAGAAUGGCCGUGGCAGUUCCCACCAGCAACAGGUGACCUGUUACCCCUUCAAAGACAUCAAUAACUGGUGGAUCGUCAAGGACCCUGGGCGACACCAGCUGGUGGUAAACAACCCUCCCAGGCCUGUAAGACAUGGAGACAUUGUACAGCUCGUUCACGGCAUGACCACCCGCCUCCUUAACACGCACGAUGUCGCUGCCCCGUUGAGCUCCCGUUCUCAAGAAAUCUCCUGCUACAUUGACUAUAACAUCUCCAUGCCUGCCCAGAACCUCUGGAAACUGGACAUUGUAAACAGAGAAUCCAACCAGGACACCUGGAAGACUAUCUUGUCGGAAGUGCGCUUUGUGCAUGUGAACACGUCUGCCAUCUUGAAGCUGAGCGGGGCUCACCUCCCUGACUGGGGGUUUCGGCAGUUGGAGGUGGUCGGGGAGAAGCUGUCACUAGGCUACCAUGAGAGCAUGGUGUGGAAUGUGGAAGAGCACCGCUAUGGCAAAAGCCAUGAGCAGAAGGACAGGGAGCUGGAGCUCCACUCACCCACUCAGCUUGACAUCAGCAAGAACCUCAGCUUCAUGGCCAGAUUCUCAGAACUACAGUGGAAGAUGCUGACGCUGAAGAACGAGGACUUAGAACACCAGUACAGCUCCACCCCGCUGGAGUGGCUCACGCUGGACACCAGCAUCGCCUAUUGGCUACAUCCCAGGACCAGUGCUCAGAUCCACUUGCUUGGAAACAUCGUGAUCUGGACUUCAGCUAGCCUUGCCACAGUGGCCUACACCCUACUCUUCUUCUGGUACCUGCUCCGCCGGCGAAGAAGCAUCUGCGACCUCCCUGAGGAUGCCUGGUCCCACUGGGUGCUGGCUGGAGCCCUGUGUACUGGCGGUUGGGCACUCAACUACCUGCCCUUCUUCCUGAUGGAGAGGAUGCUCUUUCUCUACCACUACUUGCCGGCGCUCACCUUCCAGAUCCUGCUGCUCCCGAUCGUCCUGCAGCACGCCAGUGAGCGUCUGUGCAGGUCCCCGCUGCAGAAGAAUGUCUUCAGUGCCCUGGUUGUAGCAUGGUAUUCCUCCGCAUGCCAUGUGUCCAACAUGUUACGCCCACUAACCUAUGGGGACACGUCCCUCUCACCAGGCGAGCUCCAGGCCCUUCGCUGGAAAGACAGCUGGGACAUUCUAAUCCGAAAGUCAUAGAGAACAAGAACAUGGAAGACAAACAUGCAGAACAAAACCUCAAAGAUGUGUUUGUCUCCCACCAGCAAAGGCCUCAGCAGCAGGACUACCUGGGUCCAGGAAGAACUCCAGGGUUAAUUCCAGUUUCACCUCCAGAGCUCUGUCCACUGGUUCCUUGUUUGAAGCAAUUUCUUUCUCUUCACACAGUGAAGAUUGUGCCCCCGCUACAGCAUCACCCAUGAAGCCCAACUCUGACCCAGCCAGAGUCUGAGCUGCCAGCAUAGGAACCACCAAGGCAGAAGGAACACCCAGCCAGUGAAGGAGUGGAGCGGACUCGGCAACGAGCCCUAGGCUUGCCCUAGGCUCACCCCAGCUGUGGCUCUACCAAUAGGGUCUUAGCCCUGUUCUUCAUGAGGCCCGCAGUGCCACAACUCAUUGUGUGCAGGCACAGCAGCCCUCCCUAAAACCUGCUUGGAAAUCUGCCAGUCUAUUGACUGUUCACAAUAGUCUAUGAAUAGUCUAUGUGAAUAGUCAUAGACUAUUCACAAUGACUCUUCACUGAUCCAAUCUAAAAACCGGGAGACUGCACCACGCAGUCACCUAAUUUCACGGCCAAGAUGUCGUCCGUCUACACACUUCCUUCUCUUUAAUUUGCCUUUCCUAAUGUAAAUAAAAAGGGACAAAUUGUUA